AUGGCCUCUAAGCCCAAGAUUCUCUUCGUUCUCUCCUCCCAUUCGGCAGGAUGGUAUCUUCCUGAGUUUGCGCAUCCGUACCAAGUUCUUGCACCACAUGUCGAGGUGUUUGUAACCUCGCCUACGGGCACAUCGAUGGUUGAUCCUAUUUCAGUAAAGCUCUUCAAGGAUGAUGCAUACUGCCAAGAGUUUUACAACACAAAGCAAGAUCUCUGGACAACUACCGAGAAGCUUUCCUCGUACUUAGGACGCGCAAAAGACUUUGAUGUUAUUUUUGUCGUCGGAGGAUUUGGACCCAUGUACGAUCUGGCCACGGAUGCUACCUCUAUUCAACUACUACGCGAAUUCCAUGAUGCUGGCCGCAUUAUUGUCGCUCUCUGCCAUGGCUCGGCUGCUUUGGUCCAUGUCAAGCUGGCCGAUGGAACACCAAUCCUCGCUGGUCAUCAGGUAACUGGCUUCAGCAAUCUCGAGGAGGAACAGGCAACCGCCAAUGAAAUAGUCCCUCCAGGUAUGCCUUUCAGUCUCGAAGAUGCCCUUAACAAGGCUAGCGGCGACAAAUAUGAAAAGUCGGGUGAGGCUUGGAGUCCACACGUCAUUGUUGACCCAUCUCGAAAAUUGCUGUUUGGACAGAAUCCUGCUAGUGCUCAUCCUUUGGGAGAAAAGCUACUGGAAGUCUUGACUCACUAG